UCCUCAGUGCAACGCCAACCAGCAGGCCGGACGGUACACAGAAGAGAACUUCAACGAAAACAAAACGAAAACAGAAAACAGAAACCAUGGACAGCAAGCAGCCUCCACCGUACAGCGAGCAGAGCGGAUUCACACCGGCGCAGACAUACCAGCCAGGUGGACCCACACAGCCGCCACUGUACCCACCCAUGCCACAGCCACCGCAGCAGUCCACGGUGAUAAUACAGACAACGACGACCUCGAAUCUGGUGCCAAUCGGCAGUGGGCCCACACGCAUACGCUGCCCCUCCUGCCACGCCGAGGUGCUGACCACCGUGAAGAGCACCCCCUCGGGACGCACCCACUGCUGGGCGAUGAUCCUGUGCCUGUUCAUCUGCUGGCCCUGCGUGUGCCUGCCCUACUGCAUGGACUCCUGUCAGAAUGCCAACCACUAUUGCCCCAACUGCAGCGCGUACAUUGGCACCUUUGAGAACUAAUGUUAAUUU